GUAAUUGGAUUUACCAUGGCUGCAACAUCGACUGGAAGUCUGGAAACAACCACAUUUCGUUUGACUGAUGAUGAAUCAUGAAUGGUCCCAACUAGCUAGAAGGAUCACCUACGCGUCUUGAUCAUGCCAUGAUUUGCGCACGAUCACAUGGAAAAGCCACUCAGCACAGGAACGGGCUCGAUGGCGUGUAGUGUGUUGGGCAUGAAGAGAAUUGCGAAACAGCAUUGCCGGCUGUCUCACAUUCUUUUUUGACAGUCACAAGAUGAUGGAAUGAACAAAGAAACUUGGCAUAAGAGCCUGCAAACUCGUUCUAAAUCUCCCAACUUUAUUUCGUACCAACUUGUCACCUAGAAUGUGAUAUCUCCUGAAAGGAUUGUAAAUCUACCCUCCACCAACCCAGCUUGCAUGUUUUUAUCUUGAUCACCAAAACUGGGUUGAUAUGAUGUACAAUUCUUGCUCUUCCUUCUCUAGAAUAUUCCUUUUGGUGCUUAUAAGAGAAGGUGGAUUCGGACCAGACCUCAGCAUCCCUUGCAACUGUCUGAGAAAAUGGUGAGCUCAAGCAAGGGUAAAGUGUGCGUGACUGGGGCUUCAGGCUUCAUUGCCUCUUGGCUUAUCAAACAGCUUCUCGAGUCUGGAUAUCAUGUGGUAGGGACUGUCAGAGACCCAGGAAAUCGCCAGAAAGUGGCACACCUUUGGAAAUUGCCUGGUGCUAAAGAGAGGCUGCAGAUUGUGCGAGCUGAUCUGUUGGAGGAAGGGAGUUUUGACGAAGCUGUGAUCGAUUGUGAUGGCGUCUUCCACACUGCAUCGCCUGUCCUUGCUAAAUCUGAUUCUAGUAGCAAGGAAGCAACACUUGUUCCUGCAGUAAACGGAACUCUGAAUGUGCUAAGAUCGUGCAAGAAGAACCCAUUUCUGAAAAGGGUUGUUCUUACAUCUUCGUCAUCUGCGGUGAGGAUCAGGGAUGAUGCUCAGCCGAAUAUCUCACUGGAUGAAACAAUAUGGAGCUCUGUGCCACUCUGUGAAAAGAUGCAGCUAUGGUAUGGCCUGGCGAAGGUAUUUGCAGAGAAAGCAGCAUGGGAGUUCGCCAAAGAGAAUGGCAUUGACGUUGUGACUGUUCUUCCCUCAUUUGUGAUCGGGCCCAGUUUAUCCCACGAAUUAUGCGUUACAGCAUCAGAUGUCCUUGGCUUAUUCCAAGGUGACACUGCCAGGUUCAGCUGUUACGGAAGGAUGGGAUACGUCCACAUCGACGACGUCGCGAGCAGCCAUAUCCUCGUGUACGAGACGCGCGAGGCCACCGGGAGAUACCUGUGCAGCUCGGUGGUGCUGGACAACGACGAGCUGGUCUCCUUCCUUGCCAAACGAUACCCUGUCUUCCCCAUACCUCGGAGGCUGGACAACCCCUACGGCAAGCAGACGUACAAGCUGAACACGUCCAAGCUGCAGGCGCUGGGCUUCAAGUUCAGGGGAUUGCCGGAGAUGUUCGACGACUGUGUCCAGUCGCUCAAAGACCAGGGCCACCUGCUGGAGUGCCCGUUGUGAUGGAGUGGGGGAGCUGUCGUCGGCAAGGAGAGGCCAUAGCCAAACAGAGUUGGAUCACGUCCACAAAAUCGUUGGCUCCAAGCCAAUAUAUGCUUCAAUAUAAUAAUUCCAUGUCGUGUCAGCGUCCUUUCUUUAAGCAGCUGCUCUCAGUUCAUCGAUCACGGAUUGUACGACUACUUAAAUAAAAUCUAGCCAUUCUAUUUA